AUGGCAUGGGAUUACACUACAGACCAACCCCUGCUCCAAGAUCAUCCAACAACAGUAACAAGCACAACAAUAACGAGCCAUCAUCGGGAACUGCGAGAUCUGCUCGUUUGCCCGCAUACGAGGGGUCAGGUGUUUUAUAUUAGGAACACAUCCCUCUUUUACCAGGAUAUACUCGCUUCACACGCGGAGGGCGCUGUACCCGCUGCUGCUCACUCAGAGGGAGAGCGGGAUGCAGAGGGAGAGGGAGAAGAAGGGGAGGAAGACCCCCCCGGAAGCCCGGAACAGGUCUGCGACGUCCGCUUUCAUCCUGUGUGUUUGUCUUACGGCGCCGGCCUCCUAGCCGCCGGAGGACUGCAUUCCGAGCUCGCCCUCCGACCUUUGCACGGCAGUCGCUGGACAUACACGACCUCCCUCUCUAAAUCGAUCAACAAUUCCCUGCUGGUGACGUCCCUCUCCCUUCCCUGUGACGAGAGCGGGAGCACGAGGACAAGACUCUUUGUGAGCAAUAAUGACCGCACGGUGACGGCUUACGAGGUUGGGAUCGACGAGGACCUGGGGCUGGAGGCGCCGCAGGAAGGGGGAGAAGGUGCGGACGGGGAGGGGGAAGGGGAAGGAGGAUGUAGGAUGGAGUUGAGCGGGAGUGUGAGGCUUAACACCGCGCUGAAUCAUGGUGCGCUCGCCCCUUAUACGCUUCUGCUUGCCUUUGGCGCUCAAUGUUAUGUGGAUACAGCAUCACUUUCCCCCGAUGGGAGGACGCUCCUCGCCGUAGGCGAUACGCCAGACGUGUUCGUGUUGAAUGUCACCGGAGGUCGGGGAACCGAGAUGCAGCUAACGACAGUACUUGAAGCUGCCGACGCAUCAUUCUCCACCUCCUGGAGUCCCGACGGACGCAAGUUCGCCGUCUCUUCCCAGAAUGGGGAAGUGCGAGUCUGGGACGUAAGGUCCACCAAGCCCCUCGCAAAGUUCUUCGCUCUCAAACCGGGCGCAUCGACGAGAGCAGUCAAGUUCUCCCCCCCAGGAGCGCGUGAACUGCUCGCUUUCGCAGAAGGAUCGAGCAACCUGCAUAUCGUCGACGCGCGCACUUUUGCGGGACACAAGACGUACACCGUUCCCCCUACCACCCCCGUGCGGCAGGGCACGCGCACAAAACGUUUUCAAGGAACACCACGUUCUCUCUCUCCCGUCCCUUCCUCCACUAGCAGCACAUCAGCAGCAGCAGCAGCAGCAUACAUGCAUCUCCCACCCCCGAUCCCGAUCCACCGUUCCCUUCCCCUCGCGCUCACUCUCUCUCUCCCCCUACUCCAAAGUCUACAGGACUACAAGCCUCCCCUGCCCUGGUACGCCUCUGGGUACGGCAGCAACACGGAUCCGGAGAUUACGGGUCUCGUGUGGGACCCGACGGGCAGAUGGGUCUAUGUGGGCACGGAGGGGAGCGUCGCAGAGUGGGAGGCGGGGGGAGGGAGGGGGUGGUGUGACGCUGUUGAGUUUGCGUAGGGGCUUUGGUGGGGUGUCUUUGGAUGAGAGGUCGAGCAGGUUGGUGGAUUGGGUUGGGUUUUGGGUUGGGAUCUUGGGUACGGUUAAGGACCUUGGGCAAGGCUGCGCAGGGAUGUACAACACCAAC